AUGCAUCGGAGAAGGACUAUUGAUACAACACCGAAGUCAAUUGACACGUCAAGUAAUGAAAGUCACAAUAAUGAGAGAGCUGAUAUGCAUCGGAGAAGGAGGAGUGCUGCAACACCGAGGUCAAUUGAAACGUCACAACUAAAACACAAAUAUAUUGAGCGAUCUGACUGCUAUCUGGGUAGGAGUGCUGCAACACCGAGGUCAAUUGUCGCGUCACAACUAAAACACAAAGAUAAGGAGGGAGCUUAUAUCUAUCUGGGUAAGAGGACUGCUGCAAGACCGUGGUCAAAUGACACGUCAACUGAUGAAAGUCACAAUAAUGAGGAAUCUGAUAUCUAUCUGGAUAGGAGGACUGCUGCAACACCGAGAUCAAAUGACACGUCAAGAGAUGGAAGUCACAAUAAUGAGGAUUCUAUCAUGCAUCGGAGAAGGACUAGUGCUACAACACCGAAGUCAAUUGACACGUCAAGUAAUGAAAGUCACAAUAAUGAGGGAGCUGAUAUGCAGCGGAGUAGGAGGAGUGCUGCAACACCGAGGUCAAUUGAAAUGUCACAACUAAAACACAAAGAUAUUGAGGGACCUGGCAGCUAUCUGGGUAGGAGUGCUGCAACACCGAGGUCAAAUGACACUGCAACACCGAGGUCAAUUGUCUCGUCACAACUAAAACAAAAAGAUAAGGAGGGAUCUGCUAUGCAUCGGAGUAGGAUGAGUGCUUCAACACCGAGGUCAAUUGUCUCGUCGGAAUCUGAUAUCUAUCUGGGUAGGAGGAGUGCUGGAACACCGAAAUCAAAUGACACGUCAAGUGAUGGAAGUCAAAAUAAUGAGGAUUCUAUCAUGCAUCGGAGAAGGACUAGUGCUACAACACCGAAGUCAAUUGACACGUCAAGUAAUGAAAGUAACAAUAAUGAGGGAGCUGAUAUACAUCGGAGUAGGAGGAGUGCUGCAACACCGAGGGCAAUUGUCUCGUCACAACUAAAACAAAAAGAUAAGGAGGGAUCUGCUAUGCAUCGGAGUAGGAUGAGUGCUGCAACACCGAGGUCAAUGGUCUCGUCACAACUAAAACACAAAGAUAAUUAG